AUGUCCUUAGGCAUGUACAACCUGUCUCCGGACGACCAGACCCACGGACUGUGCUCCAACCGCGUCAGAGAGGCUCACACGGACAACUCGACCGCCUUCGAGUUUACUCCCACUGUCUCUGUGUCUAUCUCGCCUGCGGACGAUCCUUUCUCUGCGACCCAUCUCUCUGCUGAGCCCAUGCCUUUUGACUACGGCAUGAGAGACACCCAGGUGCCCGACGAGAUGCCUUCGGGUGAUCUCUACCACAACUCCUACUCUCAACCAUCCCAGAUCAGCUAUCCCUUCGUCGACUACGAGGGUUACACUCCUUCUCCGGUAGCAUACUCUCCGGGCCUCUACAAUGGUUCGCUCAAUGACCAUGGCUCUCUUUUCCCAUGCCCUGCUCCAACCCACAUGGAUGACUACCCACAAAGCAUGACCGACACUCCAGUCUUCCCAGCAACGCCUGCUUCCAUCCCCCCUCCACCCACGCCUGCUGCCUACAACCCCACGACCCCUACCAAAUCCCGCAAGAUCAGGAAGGCCCGCAAGUCCAAGGCCAAGGGCAAAGGAACGGAAAAGUCCUUCCCUUGCACUGUCCCUGGUUGCCCACGUGUCUCUACCUGCGCAGCAAACCUGGCCGACCACCUACUCACCCACACCAACAUCCGCGACUACCCAUGCGAGUACAUUUAUGAAGACGGAACAAAGUGUACCAAAAGCUUUCCUCGUCCUUGGGGCCUGCACCGUCACUACGGAGACACGCACAAGAUCGAUGUCAAGGUUGAGAAGAAGAAUGGAAUCAGAAAAGGUGCUACGAGGAACAAGACACCGAAGAAGGAAGGUCCUUACACACCUCCUCCCACCGUUCGUCCACCUCUCGAUGGUUCUCGCUCCACCCAGAUCAGCAUCACGACGCGAGGCCCAACAGGUCCAUUCUUCUGCUGCGGUGGGGAGUACGCCGACGACAACUCCUUCGUUGUUCAUCACCACCUCUACCACGGUCUCCCUCGCAGCUCCUUCUGCUCAUGCAUGCUGUGCCAGCCGGAUCAGAUGGACACACUCAUGACCGAGCACCCUUUUCCCGACACAAACAUGGACAUCGACAGCCCAGACAAUAACUUUCCCAUUGAUCCUCGGCUGUUGAUGACUUCUGCUUCUCACAUUCACCCUCAAGACCUGAUGUCCUCGUCUCCUACUCUCAGGGCUUUGACCAUGGGUGAGAGUCCACCUGUCUACACUCCUACUGAGUCUCUUCCUGACGCCAAACCAUCCAUGUCUUCCGCCGAUGCCACCCUUCCUGACUUUGUCCCCUCUGGUUCCUUUGAGACCGACACCGAUAUGCUUGCCCCUGCCUACUACAACAUGAGUGAGCAGGAGCGUCUUGAUUACCUUGAUGAUGAGUGGGGUAUUUGA